AUACACUUCCGGUUUUAGUUUAGACCGUUGGCGGGACAUUCAGCAAAUUGUCUCGGCUUAAAGCUAUGUGUUUUUGUUUAUGACACUAUAGGUUUGUAAUGAUAAUAAAGUAAAUAAUUACAGAAGAUGUUAGAGCUGAAGAGGAAACGUUCAUUUACUGAUGACAUAUGCCGAGAAGUGCAAUCGGAGAAAAAACUGUGUUGUGGAAUCUCAAACGAAAUAACCACAAUCUCACCAAACAUCUCUGCACAUGAGAACCAGGUUACAGCCUUAGACUUGUCCACAAGACCACGUGAAAGUUUCAGCCAAACACUGCCGCACAUUCUUGAAAAUUCCACAGACAUUAGGAUGAAGCAGACAUGCACCGGUUGGACGACAAUGGAUGUUGACCAUGCUGACCACUACAGUGUCGUAUCUUCAAGUGUGCUGCCUCGAUGUGCCAAAUGUGCUGCUGGACAAGGGGGCCACAUUUCACAUCUGUUGAGCUGAUGCUGGCAUUAUUCUUAGGCAGCAGCCCUCAAGACUUGAUUCACCAAGGGAGACAACUCUUGAAGACUUGGUGCAGUGUGAUGCAAGAUUGGAGUUACUGUUACCAUGGUAAUAGACGAUGGUCAUAGUCUUAACAUUCCCUUGUUUCAACAGAGAAUAUGGACAAAGCAGUAUCAUAUUAAUAUCAAAGUGCAGCUGCUAUGUUUCCAGCUCUUUUAAGCUGUACUCUAGUCUCUAGGAAGAUAUUAAACUGGAACUUUCAAAUGUAUAACCACCUUGUGUUCACAAUAAUCAUGAUAAUGAUAUAAUUUGCAGAUGAAAAUAAUAGAUUGUAAAUGUUUGUGUAUUUAUGUUAAUUUUCAAAAGUGUAAGAAAGAAAUUGUCAAUAAUUUAUUUUCCUUACCAAUGAGACUGAAAAUUGUUUGUUUUUAAGAAACAACUCUGAAUUGAUCUGGUAACAAUAUUUUUUGCAUGCUCAAUUAAAAUAAGAUGUGUUGAUAUUCUUUAAUGUUGGUACAAAGUAAUCAAUCAAAUGGUAAGAGAAAAGGACUUUUUUUUAAUUUAUGAAUUUGUACAACUUAUUCAGUACUUAGUUAAAGGGGCGGUUGGGUAGCCUAGUGUUUAAAGCAUUCGCUCGUCACGCGGAAGACCCAGGUUUGAUUCCCCACAUGGGUACAAUGUGUGAAGCCCAUUUCAGGUGUCCCCUGCUGUGAUAUUGCUGGAAUAUUGCUAAAAGCGGCGUAAAACCACACACUCACUCACUCACUCAGUACUUGUUAAAGGAGUACAGUCCUUUGUAGAAAUUGUUAAGGCCACAAGCAGACCCCUCCUAGUCCGAGUUUACCUACAGUUUAUUAGGAAUUUGUGUUUGUGUGUUUGUCGGAGUAAUGCUGAUGGUGAAAUGGUAGAGAAGGGCGACUGUGGCGACACACUACAGCUCAUUUUGGUGCUGUAGUUUCAAAAUUGUUUAUGUGAUCUCUGUGUUACGUAUGUAGCAGUUUUAUAUAUAAAAUAAGUUAGUCACAGGCUGAUAUGACUCUGCUGAGGUUUUAAUCAAGCAGUUGUUUUUUAUGACAUAUUGGUACAGUUUUUGUCCUUAAGUAAUAUUAAUGUGUAUUUGCCACAGUGUAUUUAACACACUAGAAUCUGUUAUUGGUGCUAUAAUACAUGUAACUGUUUUACCUGUAAACAUACUUGGAAUUUCAUGUUUUAUUGAGUAAUUUUCUCAGACCUGCUAAAAGGAAGUGUUUGUUUUUUCAUGUUUCACAGUUUGUCAUUUCAGCAUCCAAAUGUUGGCCAUAUUUUCCAACUGAAAGUAACAUUCAUCUCAUGGAACUGUUGUUUUUUUGUGAUAAGUUUGUUGACAUUUAUGAGGACAUUUCUUUGCAUUUAUUCUUGGGAGUUUAGAAAAGUCUAUAUCUAUGAAAUUAUUUCAGUUCGAAAGUAUAUGUCCUACCAGUGUGUAGGAGGAAAAGAAAGUACUGUACUUCUGAUUAUUAAAAUGUAUCUCAACAUUCGGAAAGUUGUUGGUUUUGCACAUUUGACAGAUGCACUAAUGUACAAAGCUUCCAUGACAAAUAUGUUUUUUGUGGGUUUCACAAGUAAAUAAGAAAAGUGUUUAUUAUCUGUUGACAAUAAUGAAAUUCUCUUUAAUUCACCGGAAAAGCAACAUCCUUGUGAAUAGUAGCAGAAGGAUCGCAAACAAAAUCUUUCUUCUACUGUGAAUCACUCUUACCCAGGUACACAUCGAGUGAGAUCAGUGGUCGAAAUAAGCCCCUGUCCGUAGGGUGGCCCAGUCGUCUAAGGCGCCGCGAUUCGCUGUGCAGAGUUGCGUCCCUUGGGCACGCCAGAAACCUGUGAUUGUGGGUUCGAAUCCCGGUUCGCCCCAAUUAUGUUUCUAGGUUUGUCAG